AUGGUUUGUGCUACACUGAACUCUAAACCAGGGGGUGACAAGAUCCUGAAUGAGUAUGACAAAACUAAGAGCCUGUCAGACAGCACCAGGAGACAGCUAGUGAAUAUUCUUGUUGCUGACAUGGUUGAGAUCCAUGGGCGAGUACCCCCUCAGAAUGUGCGCAUCAAAUAUGCUCAAGGAAUUGUGGCCUUGUUUCCAUAUCUAGAGGAUCCUUUCUCAAAAAAUGGAUAUGAACAUUUCUAUGAUCCAGCAAGUGGAAGCGGCUAUCUUGCUUGGCGUUUGAAAACUGUUCAGCGCAACACCACCAUGAACUUAAAAAGUGGCAAACCAGCUCCAGAAUAUGGUGGCCCACAGGUUCAGCGGAGCCCUGUUACCACUCAACAGCAGCUCACUGGUGAUGAGUGUCGUGAGGCAAUAUCUAUCCUAAACCAUUCCUCGGAUCAGACCGUUGUACGGGAGAAAAUGAAGGCUACUUUUGAAUACCGACAAAAUUUAGUUCAUGAUGCGGAUAAGUCCACGGACAUUUUGGAUACCUUCCCUAGGUUUCUUGACACAGUUGGCCUUAUUGAACAAGACUUCAUCAUGAUGUUUGGAGAAGAGACAGCUGGAAAAUUUCUUGCAAAGUGGCCAACAUUCUUUAGGCCACGAGUACUUGAACAGAGUAAAGGGUUGGUUCUGAAUGCCCAUGUUGAAGAUCUAAUCAAGUCUGCACAAGGAGAAAGUGAUUCUGGUCAUAAGAAGACCGCUAAAAUCAGUACUCUUCAAGCAGAAGACUACUUUUUGAGGUUUCUGCAGGUGGGGGCAAGCAUCCAGACAUUCCUGUCAGAUAUUGAACCAUCUCAGCCUUUUUUGCUUUGCAUUGGAGAACACAAGAAGAGGAUCCAGAAUUUCUAUGUUAUUCUGGACAAUAAGGCAGUACCUUGUAAAGCACGGACAUCUGUAGCAGCAUUUGAUGAGCUGUUCAAGGCACAUUUUGUUUUCAGCACAGCAUAUAGUCAGGUACUUGACAGUUUUUAUGUAUUUAUCCAAACUGCAGUGUACAAUAUUGAUGUAGGUGUAAUGAAAGAAAAGCCAAGAGUGAAGGAACUUAGAGCUAGGUUUCUGCAUACCAAGACGUAAAUAUCUGGAAUAACUGACUGAUUACCAAAAAUGUUUACUUGUUUUAUUUGCAAGUCUCUUCAUGAGAGUGUUUCAUUUAUUUGUCGCCAUUUGAAAUUUCACCAUGGCUUUUACCCAGGAAAGACUUUACGUUUACAUUGUGCAGAGACUGGCUGCUCAUCUGUGUUUGGAACAUUUUCUGGAUUUAAAAAACAUUUAGUUCAAGUUCAUGGCAC